AUGUCUCAUCUCGCUUUCAUGCAAAUCUACAACAAUGGCAAUGGCAAUUCAGCGGCGAUGAGUGCAUCCCCUCAAGGGAGUUUUGUUCGUGCAGGCGGCAUCAGUGGAGGAACACCUGGCAUCAGUGGGGUAGCAUCUGGCAUCAGUGGGAUAACAUGUGGCGGCAGCGGUGGAGUACCUGGCUUUAGUGGUGGAGCACCUAGUUUUAUUGAAGGAGCAGCUGGUGUCAGUGGUGCAGCACCAGGCUUUAGUGGACGAGCAUCUGGCGUUAAUGGGGGAACGCCAAACGAACAGAAUGAGGCAUUAAAUCUUUCGGAUUCGCUUCCGGUCAUCACCACGGGCAAUCUGCCGCCGUACACUGAUGAUGAAGAUGAAGAAGAUGACGAAGAUGUACACAGCAUCAUCAAUUCAUUGGCACGCCGCGAAGAGAACAACCGGGCAGCAUUAAUGAAUGUUCAUCAACAACGCCAACAUUUGGCGCAUAAUCGAUAUGGCGGUAACAUAAUAAAUGGCAAUAACGACAGGUCUAGUGAUUCGGCCAUUGCAAAUUCACCCCCGACCAGUGGCGUGUCGUCUGGUGGUAGUGUCAACAACAAUGGCAAUGACCACAGAAGUGUCAAAGCGGCAUAA